GCCGCGCUCCCCCGGGCGCUCCCGGGCACCGGCAGCCGCCGCCGCCGCUCGGGGAUGGCCAUCCCGCUGCACGCCGCGCCGCGCCGGGGCUCCACGCGCUGCUGACGGAGCGCAGGGCAAAUGCCAUAGGAUGACCGCUGCUGGUCCCCUCUUACUGGCUGUGAUAUCGUCUGUCCUGUGGCUCACGCGGGGCUUUGACCCGGCUCCCAGCGCCUGCUCCGCUCUGGCCUCCGGCGUCCUCUACGGCUCCUUCUCUCUCAAGGACCUCUUUCCCACCAUCUCCUCCGGCUGCUCCUGGACCCUGGAGAACCCCGACCCCACCAAGUACUCUCUGUACCUCCGCUUCAACCGCGAGGAGCAGGUGUGCACCCACUUCUCGCCCAUGGUGCUGCCGCUCGACCACUACUUGGCCAACUACACCUGCGAGCCACGCACGGAGCCCGCCAGCCCCCCGCCCUCCCCACACCCCAAGGAGAAGGAGGAGGAAGAGGAGGAGGGGGAGGAAGCCGAGCUGGAGCUGUGCGAGGCCGCGGGGCCCUUCACCUUCCUGCACUUCGACAAGAACUUUGUGCAGCUGUGCCUGGCGGCGGAACCCGAGGCUGCCCCGCGCCUGCUGGCCCCGCAAGCGCUGGAGUUCCGCUUUGUGGAGGUGCUGCUCAUCAACAACAACAAUUCCAGCCAGUUCACCUGCAGCGUGCUGUGCCGUUGGCUGGAGGAGUGCCUGCAAGCCCCCGGCGCCCGGCGCUGUGGCCUCACCCAUGCAGGUUGCAGCUGCCAAGCGGAGAGCCCCCCGGCACCGCGGCACAACGGCACGCGGCACCCCACCACCCACACGCCCGCCCCGCCGCCCGCUGCCACCCCACACUGCUGCCCCCAACCCGAGCUGCAUUCUGCCAGUGGCAAUGAGUUCGAGCUGCCUGAGGUCCCGCAUGGCAAUGCUGUUGAGGAGAACCAGAAGGUGAAGACUCAGUGGCCACGGUCGGCGGAUGAGCCAGGGGUAUACAUGGCCCAAACAGGGGACCCCGCAGCAGAGGAGUGGUCGCAGUGGAGUGUCUGCUCGCUGACAUGUGGGCAGGGCUCCCAGGUGCGGACGCGCUCCUGUGUCUCCUCUCCAUAUGGGACGCUGUGCAGUGGGUUGCUGCGGGAGACGCGCACCUGCAACAACACGGCCACCUGCCCAGUUCACGGUGCAUGGGAGGAGUGGUCCCCGUGGAGCCUGUGCUCAGUGACCUGCGGGCGAGGGGCCAGGACCAGGACACGGCGGUGCGUGGCCCCGCAGCACGGAGGGAAAGCCUGCGAGGGCCCCGAGUUGCAGGCCAAGCCCUGCAGUAUUGCGACCUGCCUGGUGGAAGGGCAGUGGUUGGAGUGGGGCGCCUGGAGCCGCUGCUCCGUCACCUGCGCCAACGGCACGCAGCAGCGCACGCGCAAGUGCAGCGUCUCAGCCCACGGCUGGGCGGAGUGCCGGGGGGCCCACGCCGAUGCCCGCGAGUGCUCCAACCCCGUGUGUCCCACCGACAGCAAGUGGGGUCCCUGGAACCACUGGAGCCUCUGCUCCAAGACGUGCGACACGGGCUGGCAGCGCCGCUUCCGCAUGUGUGAGGGCACCGGCGUGCAGGGCUACCCCUGCGAGGGCACGGGCGAGGAGGUGAAGACCUGCAAUGAGAAGAAGUGCCCAGCCUACCACGAGAUGUGCAAGGAUGAGUACGUCAUGCUGAUGACCUGGAAGAAAACCGCUGCGGGGGACAUCAUCUACAACAAGUGUCCCCCCAACGCCACAGGGUCCGCCAGCCGCCGGUGCCUGCUGAACCCCCACGGGGUCGCUUACUGGGGUGUGCCCAGCUUCGCCCGCUGCAUCUCCCACGAGUACCGAUACUUGCAUCUCUCACUGCGGGAGCACCUGGCCAAGGGGCAGCGAGUGCUGGCUGGUGAGGGCAUGUCGCAGGUGGUGCGCAGCCUGCUGGAGCUGAUGGCCCGCAAGACCUACUACAGUGGGGACCUGCUCUUCUCCGUCGAGAUCCUACGCAACGUCACUGAUACCUUCAAGAGGGCCACCUACAUCCCAUCCUCUGAGGAUGUGCAGCGCUUCUUCCAGGUGGUGAGCUACAUGGUGGAUGUGGAGAACAGGGACAAGUGGGAGGAUGCGCAGCAGGUAUCUCCCGGCUCUGUGCACCUGAUGAAGGUGGUGGAGGACUUCAUCCACCUGGUGGGAGAUGCUCUGAAGGCAUUCCAGAGCUCACUCAUCGUCACCGACAACCUGGUGAUCAGCAUCCAGCGUGAGCCCGUCUCUGCCGUGUCCAGCGACAUCAACUUCCCCAUGAAGGGCCGCCGGGGCAUGAAGGACUGGGCACGCAGCUCUGAGGACAAACUCUUCAUCCCCAGGGAGGUGCUGAGCCUCGCCUCCGCCGAGCUGGAUGAGUCGUCCCACUUUGUCAUCGGGGCCGUGCUGUACCGCACGCUGGGACUCAUCCUGCCACCCCCCAGGACCCCGCUGGCCGUCACCUCCAAAGUGCUGAUGGUGACGGUGCGCCCACCCACCAGGCCCUCCGAGCCCCUCGUGCUGGUGGAGCUCUCCCACAUCAUCAACGGCACAUCUCACCCACAGUGCGUCACCUGGGACUACUCGAGGACCGAUGCUGGCUUGGGAAACUGGGACACGGAGAGCUGCCAAACCCUGGAGACCCUCCCGGCGCACACCAAAUGCCAGUGCCGCCGGCUCGCCACCUUCGCCAUCCUCGCACAGCUGCCCAGAGACCUGGCCAUGGACCCCUCCAGCAGCCCAUCGGUGCCGCUGAUGAUCGGCUGCGCUGUGUCCUGCAUGGCUCUGCUGACACUGCUGGUGAUCUACGCCGCAUUCUGGAGGUUCAUCAAGUCAGAGCGCUCCAUCAUUCUGCUCAACUUCUGCGUCUCCAUCCUGGCCUCCAACGUCCUCAUCCUGGUGGGGCAGUCCCAGAUGCUCAGCAAGGGGGUGUGCACCAUGACGGCCGCCUUCCUCCAUUUCUUCUUCCUCUCAUCCUUCUGCUGGGUGCUGACGGAGGCCUGGCAGUCCUACCUGGCGGUGAUCGGCCGCAUCCGGACCCGCCUGGUCAGAAAGCGCUUCCUGUGCUUGGGAUGGGGUUUGCCAGCCCUCGUGGUCGCUGUCUCCGUUGGCUUCACACGGACCAAAGGCUACGGGACGGCGAGCUACUGCUGGCUCUCACUGGAGGGCGGUCUGCUCUACGCCUUCGUGGGACCCGCAGCCGUCAUUGUGCUGGUGAACAUGCUGGUGGGCAUCAUCGUCUUCAACAAGCUCAUGUCCCGCGAUGGCAUUUCAGAUAAGUCCAAAAAGCAGCGAGCUGGCUCGAAGCCCCCCCCCUGCGGCAGCCUGCUGCUGAAAUGCACCAAGUGCGGCGUGGUGUCCAGCGCGGCCAUGACCUCCGCCACCGCCAGCAGUGCCAUGGCAUCGCUGUGGAGCUCCUGCGUGGUCCUUCCCCUGCUGGCGCUGACCUGGAUGUCGGCCGUGCUCGCCAUGACCGACCGGCGCUCCAUCCUCUUCCAGGUCCUCUUCGCCGUCUUCAACUCCGUCCAGGGCUUCGUCAUCAUCACCGUGCACGGCUUCCUGCGCCGAGAGGUCCAGGACGUGGUGAAGUGUCAGAUAGGGGUGUGCAGGAGCGAGGAGAAUGAAAACUCGCCCGACUCCUGCAAGAAUGGGCAGGUGCAGAUCCUGACAGAUUUUGAAAAGGACGUUGACCUGGCGUGUCAGACAGUUCUCUUCAAGGAGGUGAACACCUGCAACCCUGCCACCAUCACCGGCACUUUGUCGCGCAUUUCGCUGGACGGCGAUGAAGACCCCAAGCUCAACACCAGCUCGGAGGGCAAUCUGGGCUUCUCCAGCCUGCCGGGCAACAUCCCCACCGCCAGCAUCCUGGUGCAGGUGCCCAAGAUGACACCCAACGUGGUGGCGGGUUUGGAGCUGGGCGAACCACCGGCGCAGCUGGAGGCACAGGGCCCAGUCUACCUGUGCACUGAGAGCAGCCUGCGGCCCCUGGAGUACAGCUGGCUGCGGGCGCCGGAGCCGCCGAGGGAGAGCGAUUAUAUGGUGCUGCCUCACCGCAGCCUGCAGCCCUUCCAGCGUGAGGAGGGUCCCAGCACCGAGGAAGGGACCCCCCGUCCCACUGGGGCAGGAGAGGGGGAUUCCUACCCCGGCUUUGUCUCGGUGGAGCACGUCAAUGUGAACCUGAGCCAGCCCUACGGGACGAUGAAGCACCCCUACGGGCUGCAGUUCAAGCAGCACCCCACGGUGCGGCAGAUCCUGGCAUCAGAGCUGUCGGAGCGCAGCCGCACCAUGCCACGCACCGUGCCUGGCUCUGCCAUGAAAGUGGGGUCCCUGGAGAGGAAGAGGUUGCGGUACUCCGACCUGGAUUUUGAGAAGGUGAUGCACACACGGAAGCGUCACUCUGAGCUCUACCACGAGCUCAACCAGAAGUUCCACACGCUGGACCGGUACCGGGCACCGGCUGCCGGCACCAUCAAGCGAGAAAAGCGAUGGAGCGUCUCAUCAGGUGGUGGGGAGAAGAGCAUGGCUGCUGACACAGCCGGCCCCGAGGACCCGCAGCCGCCAGCCGCACCGCCCAAGCCCUGGAGCACAUUCAAGGCGAUGACUCUGGGCUCCCUGCCCAGCGCCCACCGGGACCGCCUGGAGCUGCGCUGUGCAGACUGGGAGGGCCCCUGCGCUGGUCUGGAUGGGGCUGAUGGGGACUUCCAGACGGAGGUGUGAGCCCCGUGCAGGACCAGCUCAGACGCUGCGUUACUCCGUCCUCCUCUGCGCCUGGGGGGGUCCCAUCCGUCGGAGCCAUCCCUGCGGGGGGAGCGCGCACCCCACACUCACCCACCGAUCACUUGCGCACCCUCCUGGCCCCCCCCCCCCCGGGCAGGACCGGCCGCCGAGGCCCUAGCAUCUCCGUUCUUUUCUACCGGGAUGUUUCUUCACGCAGUGCACCGUGUGCACGCGCGCGGCGGCCCCGGGCACCCCACGCACCCCACGCCGGGUGGUGGUCCUGUGGCCGGGUGCCCUCGCCCCGUGGCCGCCCCCUCCCAGCCGUCCCCACCGUCCCCACCCCACGGGACAGGUGCUGUCGUUGUUGGAAAUAAAAGUUCACUCUCUGUGGUGCCGUGGGGCCGCCACGUGGUGCUUCGUGUGGCACCGUAGGGAUGCGGGGAUGGCACCCGGUGGGGAUGUCUCUGUCCCAGCUCUGCUGUCCUCCACACCUCGGGCUGUGUCCUGUGCGUGGAUCCUGAGUGGGGCUGAGCCCACCCUGAUGCCCUGCUGUGCAAAUGAGUGUAGGAGUGCUGAUUGACAUGGCAAUUAAUCUACGAGCAAAUGAGUAACUUUGAAGGCAACUGGUGCCUGGGGUAAAGACAAGGGGACGGUCUCAGGGGGAGCAGAGGUGGGACCCACACUUGUGUCUGUGCCUGAGGAGAGGGCCCUCCAGGUGCUGCUGGCUGUCACCCACGUGGUACAGUGGGGAGGGAUUGGUGCCCCCCCAUAGGGUCCCCUCUCUGACCUCACCACAUCUGUGCCCAAGGGAGAGGGGGACCCUGUGCUGGAGCAGCAUGGAGAGACCCUCACUUUGACCCUGUGAGGAUGUCCAAAGGGCAGAACCCAGUGCCUCUCCAGCAGCUCACUGUUUCCUAAUGGUGUGGGACAGCAGUGGUGGGGGGUGACUGCAGGCACAGGAGAUGUGCAGCCAUGGGGAGCUGCACAGAGGUACACGGACCGGAUGCGGACCCCCAGAGCGCAGGUCUCUCCACUGGCCGUCCCACUGAGCACUGACUGCACGGCCCAGCUUAUCCCAGUGCUGACCGGUUUGGGGUUGGGGCUGCAGGCUGCGUGCUGGGAGCGAGGCAGGGCUGGGCUGGGGCCAGCUCCAGUUGUGUAACACGAGGGGACCGCAGCCUCGGUGCAGGGAUUGCAGCUGGGCUUCCCAGGGCACUGCUGGGGGCACGCAGCCGCCCUGACGCUGCUCGCUGCUCCCUGGGACACAGUGCUCAUUGCUGAGAACAGCAGCCAUGUCCUCACGCUCUGGUUGCUUGGAGUCCCCUCCACCACCCCACAUCCAGCCCAGCCCAAACUUUGGGGCCAGCUCUGGGCCCUGUCUUUCCCUUCCCAGCCCCAGGCAGCAGCAAGCAGCAGCGGAGGCAGUCCUGGGGCAUCUGGUGGCAAUUAGCAGCUUUUAUUACUCAUGGAGACGCCAUAUGGGUGAGGGAAUGGAGCCCGCCCUGGCGGUGCAGGAUUGCAAGGGGACGGGGAGGGGGUGGCA